UGCAGCCCCGCCGGCAUGGGGGGCAGCGAGAGCAGCCCCGGCGGCAGGAAGGUGUCCUUCGGGCUGGAUGAGCGGGAGCAAGUGCGGGUGCUGCAGGGCAUCAGGCUCACUGAAGAUGUAGUGAACCGAAUGAAAGAAUCUCUUCAAAGUAAAAGGCACCACCAGAGACCACCUCUUUCUUCCAAUGGCACAGCUCCGUCUUCAUCAGCUGCAGAAGGGGAACCCAAGCCUCCUACAGGGAUCCAGCCACCCACAGCAAGUGACUCUAGUCAGAAGUCUUCCCCUGCAGAGCAGGAACUGUACAGGAGGUAUGAGAGAGAGCAGGCAUUGGUCCAAGAGGAGCUGCUCCGGCUGGCCAAAAGAGAAAGGGAAGCAGCCAGCGAGGCCUUGAAUACUGCCCUUCAUCGGGAAAGGAACAAUGCUAAUGAAGAGAGGCAGAGAGCGGCCCAGUUGCCUGCAGAUUUGGACGCCUGGGCCAUAGAGCUGCAAGGCAGGGAGGCAGAGUUGAAGCGGCAAGAGGCCUUCUACAAAGAGCAGUUGGCCCGCAUUGAGAGGAAGAAUGCAGAGAUCUACAAGCUGACAUCUGAGCAGUACCAGGAGGCAGCCACCAAGGCAGAGGAGUGGAUAAAGAGGAGGAAUACUGAUCCUGUCUGUGCAAGCUUGCAGUCUGAAAUUCUGAAGUGCUACCAAGAAAACAAACAUGAAGUGCUCAAAUGCUCGGAGCUGGCUAAGAAAUAUCAGCGCUGCGUUAGUGCAGCUCAGAAGCAGGUUUGGAUCUGACUGGUGAUUGGACACAACUGAUGAUUGGAUCCACCAGCCAGGAGCUGUUAGUUAAUUCUGGAUAAAUAUCAGCGACCAUAGAGCAGAGGACAGGGACCACAGAUGCCCUUGGAAGCCCCAGCAUCCUUCUGGAUAGACAGUGACCAAAACUGGUGCCUUCUGCCCUUUGCUGUCCAAGACGAUGAUAUUGAUUCCUCUUCUAAUUGCCUGCAUGUAUCACUGUCGGUGGAUGUUCCUGGAGUUGGGAGAAGGGUCCCGGGAGAGGGGGAUGUUAUUGUUUCCUAUUUUAUUUUGUUCCAAUGCAAAGAAUUGUAUUGACCCCAGGUGCUUCCAGCACAGCUUGUAGCUUGGAGGCUUGCCCAACACAAGCCUGGUUCACCCUGUGCUGGCUUUCGUUUCACCAGUUCACAUCUGAUUUUCAGGAGCUGUUAUCUUUGUACGUUUGCUCUGGAGACAGGGGUUUGAAGUAUUUGAAAGUUACCCUGACCAGCUUGUUAGGAUUAACAAUAUGCUGCCAUUGGUUACACCAGUGGGUGUGUUUCUUCCCUUCUAAGGUUUCCUCCUAAACAAUAAAGUGUUUAAUGGUCACUGUGUGCUGUGAAAUACU